CUGGGAUGGAAAUAGAAGAUCAAGAAAAUUGCCGUACAUCGAACGAGACAUUGGACUUCGUGCAUGUUUAAAGUUUAGAAAACUGAGCCAGAUCUUAAUCCUACAGAGUGGACAGCGGAAUGUACAAGACAGAGAAAACGGAAAGGGAGCUCGUCUAAGAUAGACGUCGCACGGUUUCAAGGUCACGCGAAACGCCAUCGCGCGAGUGUUGUUCGGAUUAGCUGCUGUCAAAAAUGUGUUGAUUUGUGCUAAAUAUACAGUGCCCAAUCCAAGACAGGCCUCCAAAAUGAAGUUCGCCGAGCACCUGGCAGCGCAUAUAACGCCAGAAUGGCGGAAGCAGUACAUCAUGUACGAGGAGAUGAAAGCUCAACUAUAUGCAGCGGUAGAGCAGUCACCAUCGGCUGAGUUGGUUGAUCCAGAAGUUUUGACGCGAUACUUUGCCAAGUUCGAUGAACAGUUUUUCCAUUUUUGCGAUAGUGAACUAGCGAAGAUUAACACAUUCUAUUCAGAAAAGCUCGCCGAAGCCACCAGAAAAUUUGCCAACCUUCGAACGGAGUUGAGCGAAACACUCGAGCUGGAGGAAUCCACCAAAAAGAAAAAAGACAAUCUCCACCGAGUCAAGAAGAACCUACUACGGAAGAAAAAUGUCUCCGUUCGCAAAAUCCAGGAACUGAAGCUGGCAUUUAGUGAGUUCUACCUAAGUCUGAUUCUACUACAGAACUAUCAAAAUCUCAACUUCACCGGCUUCCGCAAGAUAUUAAAGAAGCACGACAAACUGUUGAACGUAGACUUCGGAGCACGAUGGCGAGCGGAGCACGUGGAAUCGGCCCACUUCUACGUGAACAAGGACAUCGAUCGGUUGAUCCACGAAACGGAAAACAUUGUGACAAACGAAAUUGAAGGUGGUGAUCGACAGAGGGCCAUGAAGAGACUCCGAGUACCACCGCUGGGAGAGCAGCAAAGCCCAUGGACCACCUUCAAAGUGGGUUUGUUUUCGGGAUCACUGCUUGUAUUGUGCGUGGCGGUUCUUCUGUCGGCCAUGUUUCACAAUUACAGAGACGACUGGAUUGUUGCAUUUCGAUUGUACCGUGGUCCACUCUUGAUAGUGGAGUUUCUCUUCCUUUGGGGUAUCAACGUCUACGGGUGGCGAUCAUCUGGUGUCAAUCAUGUACUGAUAUUUGAGUUAGAUCCUCGGAACCAUCUAUCCGAACAACAUCUAAUGGAGCUGGCAUCCAUUUUCGGGGUUAUAUGGACACUGAGCGUGCUCAGUUACCUUUACGCUGACUCACUGAGUAUACCGGCCUAUUUAAGUCCAUUGGCAUUGUACCUAUUGAUGGCAGCGUUCCUGCUAAAUCCCACCAGAACUUUCCGCCAUGAAGCCCGAUUUUGGACAAUCCGAAUCAUUAGUCGAAUAGUUACGGCACCAUUUUUCUUCGUAAAUUUUGCCGAUUUCUGGUUGGCAGAUCAGUUGAACAGCAUUGUACCCGCAUUUCUGGAUGUACAAUACUUUAUCUGUUUCUACUCGACCAUCACUAACUGGAACUACGAGGAAAACCCGAACAAAUGCAUCGAUAAUUCAUUGUGGAUACGACCUAUCGUGGCCAUGUUACCCGCGUGGUUCCGGAUGGCGCAGUGUUUAAGGCGGUUUCGCGACACCCGGGAUGCCCAUCCACAUUUGGCCAAUGCUGUAAAAUAUUCAACGUCGUUUUUCGUGGUAGUGUUCUCAUCGUUGCAACAAGCCACCCGAGAUCAGUACGAGAAAAGCAUCGACAAUCCGUGGUUCUACUUGUGGAUCAUUGCGUCUAUUGUGUCGUCAUGUUAUGCCUAUACCUGGGAUAUCAAAAUGGAUUGGGGAUUAUUCGACGCCAAGGCUAACGACAACAAGUUCUUGCGUGAUGAAGUAGUGUACGGCUCAAAUUGGUUCUACUACUUCGCCAUCGUGGAGGAUUUGAUACUGCGGUUCGGGUGGACGCUGUCCAUGAGCCUCAUCGAGAUGGGCUACAUCGAGCGGGAGAUUAUCGUAUCGAUUCUCAGUCCACUGGAGGUUUUCCGGCGUUUCAUCUGGAACUACUUCCGUUUGGAGAACGAGCAUUUGAACAACUGCGGUAAUUUCCGCGCUGUGCGUGACAUUUCCGUUGCACCGAUGGAUUGUUCGGAUCAGACAACGAUUCUUCGCAUGAUGGACGAGGAAGACGGCGUACGGAAUCGAAGGACGGUGAAAAAGAUGAAUGUUAAGAAGAAAAUCGAGCAGCGACUUCUUCUCCGCGAGGCCGAGUCGACCGAGGACCUGGAAAUGAAUUCCAAUCAAAGCAGGAAGGUUCAGUGGGAAAUUUAGGCUACGCGGGUAGUUACACAAUUGGGACGAACCUGUCGUUAAUCCACCAAUCCGACCCAGAAUCACACAAAAUCACGUCUCCCCCGACCUUGAUAGAUAUCCCUCUGAGAGAAGCGCGUUCGCAUCACAGCCCACACAGCUACCCGCCGGAAUGAAAAUGCCACUUCCGUCAUCCUGCCGCUUUUGCCGUUAUUGGAUAGAGUAAUUGGAAAGCACAUGGUUUGUUUCCAAAUUGUUUUAGAUCAGUGUAUGCAUGAGAAACUGUCCCUGUGGGUUGAUUUAUUUAUCUACAAUGAAAAAAGGAAUGUUCCCGGUAUGACAUUUGUUACUUUUUAGGACGAGGUAUACGUGUAGAAUCAAUACAGAAUGAUUUAUUUAUUUUCAAACGGCAAUAUACGAUACUUACAUUGUAAAUGUGUGAAAUCCAGAAUAA